GAUAUUGGUUGGACCUUUUGUUAGUAAUUGAGAAAACAUAAGACUUGAAUUUGGAUCCUUUGAUUUGUUUGUGCAGGUUGAAGUUAUAUAUAAUUUAAUUUCGAAUCCAAAAAAAAGUGUUGGAGAACAGAGGACAGAAACGGAUGGAAGUUGUGGAGGAGCCACCAGGUGAUCAGCUGAAAUUGAAGUCUCUUAUGUUGAGAUUGAGUGAAGAGAACGAUCCUUCUUUGCAGUUGACUGGUCUUACGGAGUUGUGUGAAGUGUUGUCUUUCUGUACUGAGGACUCGCUGUCCGGGGUGAUGGCUGACGUGCUCUCCCGGGUGCUUGUUAAGUUGGCGAAGGAUGAGAGCAAUGGUGAUAUCAUGCUGCUCGCGAUCAGAGUGAUUACUUACUUGUGUGAUGUUUAUCCGCGGUCGGUAGUUUUCCUUGUAAAACAUGAGACUAUUCCUGCUCUCUGCCAAAGACUACUGGCGAUUGAGUAUUUGGACGUUGCUGAGCAGUUAAAAAGCAGAACAUGAACUCGGAGCUGGACAAUGAGAAGAAUGUGUGUGUGUGUGUGUGUGUUAAUUCAUGUUCUCCAUCUUUUUUCAGCAUAGGAAAUGAAAAUAUCUUUGAAACUUUUGCUUUUGUUAUUUGCAGCAGGUGUAACUGUAAUCAAAACGGUGCAAAUC